CUGACAUGCUGGAGUCAGUCAGCAGAGCCCUGAAGCUUACCCUACCCCUGAACAGAGAGGAACGGCUCACUGAUCGCUGAUUCACACACAGGAACAUCUGAAAGAAAAAGCAGCCAAGAAAUACCGAGUCAUUGUCAGGUAAGUACCUCUAGUCCUUUCAGGAUGCAAAACAUUUAUGUUUGAGUGCACCACUGUACAAGUUAUCAUAAAAUUGAUAAGCAUAUGUUUUAGUGUAUUUCCUAAGUAUAGUUUAUUUUAUGGGUAUAAAUCCAGAGACCACUGAUGUUACUGGUGUAACCUGCUUUAAAAUAAACUGUUAAUCUAUGAUUUUUUGAGUACAUUUGCUUAACUGUUAACUUCUUCUAACACUGGAGGGAACAUAAUGUAACAAUGAAUUGUGUUCCUUUUUGGAUAAAAAUCCACUUUGUGCUCAUGCCUCAACAGAAAAAUUAGGUUACUCUAACUAAACAAUUACAUUUUCUUUAAUGCUUUAAUAUCUCAUAUUGUGACAUUCCAGAAAUCCCUUCUUAUGUUUUACUAAGGAUUUCUUACUUUAGACCCCUUUAGACACAUCACAUUUUGCAUGCAAAAAUUUUUAGAUGACAUGUCACAUACUUCUUUGAUUUAAAUGGUUUUCACUGCUGCUUGAUCAUCUUUGCUUACGUAUUAUUAUACAUUGCAUAUUCUUUGUACAGCAGAGUAAUUGUGGCCUUGUGUGUUUUAUUUUUCUGAUUGUUUUAGGCAUAUUACAACGGCACAGGAGAAAGUUUAAGCUAGCAAAGAAACUUUGAGAUCGACUUCAGGGAAAGGGAUUUAUACUGAGGGGGGAAACACAGAUGAUUAAUGUGUCAAGUUUUUCUGCUGUUUUCAUGGGCCUCUGGUGGUUGGCCUGGACUUUAAAAUGUCGCAGAUGAUUGGUAGCCUAACAAGGUUGAGCAAAUGUCUGCAGUCUGUCAAUGCAACACGUCUAGAGCUGCAACUUCAUAUUUUUUUUCUGCUGAAAAGUACUCAAGAUUCUGUGAAUGAGAAAUUCAAAUAAAUGCUCUUUUUUAUUAUCUUUCCCUAACCUCCAGGUUCAUUUAAGGAAGCAUAAGAUGAUGUUGAUGUUCAGAUCCCCUCUUUUCCUUUUGCUCCUCUACUGUGCAACCCAGACAUUAGGUGUCAAGAUCGAGUCUGUCCCAGGCAUCAACAGUGAGGGAUUUAUAGAGACAGAGCUGAAGAAGACAGUGUCUCUGUUCUGCAGCUCUGAGGCUGAUGAGGAGUUGGUCUGGCUCAGGAAUGGCGCUUUGGUCAAUCUGAUGGAAGGAAAUAACAAGGGUCGCAGCAGCGUGUGUGUCACACCCGUCAUCUAUGAAGACAACGAUGCAACUUUCACCUGCCACCUCGGCAGAAAUACCACAGUUAGGGACUCAGUUACCCUGAAUGUCACAUAUCCCCCAGCGCUCUCUGGCUCAGACGAGGUUGCAGUAGAAGAUGCAGCCAUGCUUGUCCUGCGGUGUGAUAUCUGGGCCAAUCCACCAGUCUCAUCUGUGUCCUGGACUCUAAAUGGAAGCGCAGUGGAUCUAUUAGGAGGUGGCUUCACAGUGACCAAUGAUGGUUUUACAAGCCAGCUAACCACCAACAGGGUGUUUGAAAGCUUGCAUGAAGGCACGUAUCAGUGCACAGCAAUCUCCUCAGUCUAUGGAGAGUACAGCAAGGCCUUCCAUGUCACAGUAACAGAAAAGACCAUGAAGUUCCCGCUGAUGCCUAUGAUAGCAGCGCUGGUGGUGGUGUGUCUUACUGCGCUUCUUGCGGUUGUUUCACGCUGGGACAAAAUUACAAAGUGCUGCAAGUAAGUCCUGCCCAAAAUGCCAAAUGGUCAUCUCUACUUCAUUGAAUGAGAGAAAUCAUGAAGAUACCGCCCCUCUCUUUGUGUGCAAAAGACUGUGAUUAUUCCUUUACAUAGUCUUUUAUACCAAAGUUAUUUGACAUUUGUUAAAUGGAUGGUUUGACAUUUUGGGGAAUACAUUUAAUCGCUGUCUUGCUGAGAGUUAGAUUAGAGGAUACCACUCUCACAAAGGCUGGAGUCAGGUGAAACAUCUAGUCUGGCUAGCUGGUUUUUGUACAGAUUAAGUGAACGAGAUAUAUCAUGUUAGCAAGCUUUAUAUAUGCUGGGAGUUACUUUUUGACAGAGUCACGCUAUCUGUUUCUCCCAUUUACAGUCUUUGUGCUAAGCUAAGCUAACCAGCUGCUGGCAAAACCUUCAUAUUGUGGUAUCAAUCUUCUCAUCAAACUCUGGCCAAGAAAGUUAGUAAGCAUAUUCCCCAAAAGAUCUGACAAAAUGUAACAUUCUGUACUGUGUUAGCUCUUUGUCAUAUCAACUAUUGAUUAUGGCAGGAUUAUCUAUGAAGUCUAGACUCAAUAUCACCUUGAGAUCGUCCUUGGACUUGUUUUUUAUUGUGUCAUGCGACCUCACCCUGUGAUGCAAACUUUUAAGACACCACCACCUGUUUUGUUGUUAAUAUCUUUGCAAUAAAACUUUUUUUGUUUCCUCACAAAACCUAAAAGCACACUGACAUUGUGGGGAAACACACAUAUAUUAAUUUUGAUAUAUUAAAAGUAAUAUAAUAGUGGAUUAUGGUUUAGGGAUAGAAUUUGUGAAGUCAAUGGAGAUCCUCUUUUGAAUACAUGGCAGAAAUUUGCAUAAAACACAGUGUUAUCAUAUCUCUGGAUUUUGAAAUAUCUAACAUUGUAUUUUUAUUUUUUCAAGGUCAUUUUACAUACAUAUUUUAAUACAGUUAUUACAUAUUAUACUUUCAUGUUUGACACCACAAUUUUCUAAUUGCUAAUGUAUAAUAAAUCUAAUAUAUGUUACCCAAGUACAAUAUUGUUCACAUGUUGUC